GUGUGUGAUUUUCCAACGAAACGAGCUUCACUCGGCUCGGGGAGUUGGAUUAGUGCGAGCGUGUUUGGCUUCCUUGGUUAACACACACACACAAUUUCCCCCUACUCUCGAAUAUUUGUGAUCUGGUAUAAACAAAUCCCGUUGACUUUGUGUGUGCAGGCAACAGAUUGCCCAGUUGUCCAACAGUUGCUGUGAUAAUCGGCCAUUUUUUCAAAGGCUCUUUCGACUGUCGUCGUCGACGACGUUGUUUGUUUAGUUCUUGACUUUUAUUUUAUCGACCCCACGUUGCGAAGUCUCGUAAAAGAGACACCAGUUGUUUGGGAGCGAUUCAAUUUAAUAGUUUUUUCAAAAAAAUUCCUUUUGGGGUGUGUAAAUUUACGUGUGUGCAUGUGAAUUGGUUCGAGAUGAGUCAGUCGAUGAUGAUGAUGGCCAUUUGGUCGGCCGUGUUGUUGCUAAUUGGGACCAAACUAGUGAACUGUGAUCAAUGGCCGUUCCCUGACGGCGAAGAGUACACGCUGGCGCACAUCAAUGUUUCUUACAUCGAUUCUGCGUCAGUGCACAACGACGCUGCCGAGAUGGGCAAAUUCGGCAACGGGAGGGUCGGACAGACGGCCGGAAUCCUCGUUCACGUUCGUUCGGCCAACUCUAGCUCACACUACGGCUGUGACAUUGUCUACGAGAACGAAAUACCCGUGGUGCCCUGGAUAGCCCUGGUACGUCGUGGGCGUUGUAACUUUGACGACAAAUUAGAAGCGGCUGUUUUAAACAAUGCGUCCGGUUUGGUCGUAUACAACAACAAAGAGGACGGCCUCCAGAGAAUGACUUUACGCAAUAAAUAUCGUGACAAGAUCGUGGCCGUGUUCAUCACACGCGCCAAGGGCGAGGAAUUGGCAGCGCUCGUAGACAAUGGCACCCGCGUCAUGAUGCAAAUUACGGUCGGCUCUCACUACACCUACCGUUUCACCAAUAUCAACAGGACAUCCGUCAUGUUCGUUUCCAUCUCGUUUAUCGUCCUCAUGAUGAUCUCCCUGGCGUGGCUCGUAUUUUACUAUAUCCAGCGUUUCCGCUAUUUGCACGCAAAGGACCGCCUGUCGCGGGAGUUGACGAGCGCGGCUCAGAAAGCUCUCUCCAAAAUCCCCACUAGAGCCAUCAAAAACACUGACAAGGAAGUUUCCGAGGCUGAAUGUUGCGCUGUUUGCAUCGAGCCUUAUAAAGCUUCGGAUGUCGUUCGAUUAUUGCCGUGCAGGCAUGAAUUCCAUAAAGUAUGCGUCGACCCGUGGUUGUUGGAGCACAGGACUUGUCCUAUGUGCAAAAUGGAUAUCCUGAAACACUACGGUUAUGUGUUUACCGGAAGUCAGGAAAGCGUCGUGAAUAUGGAUUUAGAUGCUCCAAUCAUCUCAGGAUUGCGUCCUGGCCACCGCAGAGGAACCGCUUCGCCAGUGGUUGUCCCUGCAGGCAGCCAUCAUUCCAGUCACCAAAGAUCACCCAGCGUGACUCCCGACAUUCAGCUCCCAUCCGACGAGCCGUCAACCAGAACUGGCCGAACGGAUACGUUGGAACCAAUGCGUCGUGAGUCAAGCAGCUCACCGUCCACCUCGUCCUCACGCCGUUAUUGGUCCUGGCCGAGAUCCUUCUCCACCAGAAAUAACCCACCUGCCUCAACAACAGAAUCAGGUGUUGUCGAAGAUGCUACCGCGUCUGAACCGACAGCCGUCGAGACACAAGUGGAGAUCGAGUGCGAAUCUCCCGAUGCAUCCGCUUUGGCCAUCAGCAGCAGCACCGAUAGUCGCUCCACUAACAUCGUCUAGUAUUAUUCGCCGUCGUUUUGGUUGUCAAAAAAGUCGUAUUAUUAUAUAGUCUUCUCGUGUGUAUAUAUUACCCAACCCAACCCCUGUGGACUCUCGAAUGCGUCACCAGUUGGAGCGUUUAACGCCGCGAGGAGAUAUUGUACAUAGUACAAUCUUGUUGGGCACUGGCUGAGUCACGUCUACUGUGAAAAAAAAAAAAUUCAUUGUUUUUUUAUCUUUCUCGCAAUUUUAUUGAAAACAGUAGGGAGUCGAAACUGAUAUUUGACCAUUCAAUAAAAAUUCAAAAACUUAA